AAGAAGUAGUUGUUUAAAAGAUCUUGUGGUCAAGCGCGUGAGGAUCUUCUGAAGUAGAGAGACGGACACACAAGCAUGUGCGAGUCCAGUCACACCGAUGGGAUCCGGCUGGGGAUGCGGGGAGGAACUGGUCUCCCAUUCCUCUGCAUAGUGGGAGCGCUAUCACAGACCACGUGAGAGGGAUAUUCAGACGGUCCCCGACAGACCGACACCGGCUCAUCUCUUCUGCUGCCUGCUGACAUGGGCUCAGCUUCCCGGAGACAGGCGAGGAGGGAGUAGAGCGACUCUGUCUGAAUGUAACCUGUGAUCUUUUAUCACUCUUUUCUUUCUUUUCCUUUUCUUUUAAAAUUUUUUUUUCUUUUUUUUUGGGGGGGGGAGGGGUGGCGGAGGAGUAGAGUCAAUGCUAUGGCUUGGCCGUGCAUCAGCAGAGUGUGCUGCCUGGCUCGUUUCUGGAAUCAGUUCGACAAAUCGGACCUCUCCGUCCCGCUGACCAUCCAGAACUACUCGGACAUCGCGGAGCAGGAGGUGCGCUCCGUCACCAAGCAGCUCUCCGACUCGGAGAACAACUACACCGCCCCGGAGCCGCGCGUCCGAGGCUCCCCUCAUGCGCCCGCACAUGGUCCCCGAGGACCCUCCAGGGCACGGAGGGAGCCCAGCUACAAGCCCCGGGAGGACUACCACCCGCCCGGCGUGCCGUUCCCCAGCGUCACCCAGUACAAGCAGGAUUUCAAACCCUGGCCCAUUCCUAGGAAGGACAACUUCCCCUGGAUCAGUAACGGGGGCAGCAGGGGGGACGGCGCUUCGGACAGCAGCCCGGUGAACAGUUACCACCUCCAGGCGCAGGUUGGGGAGAGGCGGGGGGACAGGUUGGAGCAGCAGGUGACGGAGGAGAACAAGACCAGCUCCUACAGGCAAGAGUACAGGCCAUGGACAGGGGUGAAGCCAGCCAGGAGUGCGAGGAGAAACCCCACAGCUCAAUACUCCAGCCCAGUGGGGGAGGCCACCCACAUCCCACGUGAGACCAGCUAUCAGGCCGCCUACAGCGGGGAGGUCAGCAGGGCCGUGAGCGGGCAAAAGGCUGAGCUCAUCCCCCCAUCUGCUGCCYCCAACAUCCAGCCUSCUCCCGCCGCUCAGCACAACCCGGCUGCUAUUCGAGCCGGCACCUCCCUCAGCCCCUCCAGCCUCCAGCAAAGCAUCCUGCCUGAGACCAGCGAGCACAGCGGUCCAACCAAGAGAGAGGAGCAUCUUGUGAGGACCAAACUGCCCCCGAACCCUUCUGCCGUCUUUCAAAGCGGAUCGAGGGUCUUCAACAUCUGACAGCCUGCUUCGCCUCUUCACAGCCCCCCCUACCCCCCGGCUCGCUUUUGGUGUAAAGGAAUCAGCGGAGGGAAGUGUUUCCAGUCCAUUYUACAACACAAGAAUCUAUGCAAAGGAAUGUUGUUGUUGUGAACACUGUUGAGCAGCUGCUUAUUAUCCCAGGUAAAGAGAGAUAAAUAAACCCCUCCUUUUGAUACUCCUCCAGGCUCCCUGCUCCUACAAAUGAAGAUGCAUGUGACAGAAUAGUCUAGAAACAAACUCUUUU